UGUGCAAGAUGCAUUGCCUUGCCCUGUCUUAAUGCCCGGCUUUCUUUCCAUGCCUUGAUGCUCGAAACAAUGGCCUGAUGGCGUGUCACCUCCAGUGGGCCUUGGCUCAAGUCAACAUGCCGACACCCUACUCUGUAGGAGCUGCCUUGCCUCCGCAGACAGCGCCGACUCGGAUGAACCCGUUUCUUCAGGUGCUCCAUUGAAGUCUCAUGUGUCGUGGAUCAAAGUCGUUCAUAUUUGCUUAGGCUGUCCUAGGGACGGGAGCGCGUGCGCCACUUAGAUUGGGGCAGUUGGGCGGGAAGUGGUUCGCAGAGCGUAGCUCCGGCUUGAGGUCGUUUACGUGAGCUCCUGUGCAGGCCCUGAUUGGACAACGACGUGCUCAGUCACAGAAGCUGAUGCACAGAUGCUGAAGAUGCAGGAGUCUUCUUUCCUGGGCGUCGACGGGGCGACCUCUUUGAAAGCUGAGAUCACAGGCAAGAUCCCUGAGCUCAAUUCAGCGGCACACUACCGAUCUGCGCGAAAACUGGUGCAGGAUUUGGGUGGUGCCCCAGCACUGAAAGAAGAGCUGAUCUACUCUGGCUACGUUGAUAGUGACACGUCGAAGCUGACAUUGCUGGAUAGGCCCAUGAACAUUUUUGCGCUGCUUGCCAGCGGUACCAUGAAGCAGCCUGACUCCGAGCCAGAGCAGGAUCUUCUUGGCACCUUCAAAUCUAAAUUUAUGAUUUGCAAGAACAAGCUGGAGAACGACAUCAAUUGGGACAACCCUGAUAUGAAGUGGGUCAAGACCUCUUCCAUGGCUCGGCAGCACAGAUUCUUGACCACAAGGGAUCUCCACUACCAGUGGUUCAAUCCCCUCAUGUUUGGCUUGGUUCCUGCCGAUGAUGGCGGAGUGAAUGCGCGAGCAGCGCUUGCAGAAGUUGAGCAGAUGAAAGCUGCAGCACUUCACUUUGCCAAGAACAAUGGGUGGUCAGACAAGGUCGGGCUCUUUGUAAAUGUCUUUGGCCACAACAAUGUGAACUCUCUCUUCAUCCACGUGCUGGACAUGUCGGAGCUCGGGCCUGCAUUCAGCUACCACGACUUCAAGAACAUGCCCUUGGACGAUGUUAUCAAGGUGUUGCGAGAGGAGGCCGCAAGCAACUUCCUCCCAGCUCCGGUCAAAACCACGGAUCUUCCAGGGUUGCUGGAGAAGGCUGGUGCGCGACGCCGCAGAGAUACAACGAACGAUGCCCGGGGCACGGGGAACUUUUUCUUUGCGGGAACUGAUGGUGCAACAUCUGUGAAGGCAGAGGUUGUGGGGCGCCUUCCCAUCAUCAAAGAUGCAGCUAGCUUCCGUGCAGCUCGGAGGAUGCUCACCGAAGAGCUUGGAGGCAUGGCUACGCUCAAGGAGGAGUUGGCCAGGUCUGGAUUUAUUGACCCCGUGACAGGCAACUUGACGACAGGAACCCGUCCAUUCAAUGUGUUUGCUCGCAUUGGAGGGGGCGUGAUGACACAGCCGGGCAUGGACAAAGAACAGGAGUACCUGCAAGAGUUCAAAGAUCAUUUCAUUGUUUGCAGCAAUCUGCCGGCCAACGACGAGCACUGGGACUCUGAUGACAAAGAGUGGGUGGGCAAAGCUUCCAUGUCCAAGCGUCACAGGUUUUUGACCAUCAAGGACUUGCAUUGGCAGUGGUUCAACGUGCUCGGCUUUGGGCUACUUCCUGAAUCCAAAGGCGGUGCAGGCCUAGGCCGCGCGAUCGCCUUGGUGGAAGUCAUGAAGGCAGCGGCGCUGCGAUACACUGCGAUAUGCCCAGGAUGGACCAACCGAGUGGGCCUAUUCUUCCAUGUCUUCGGCCAUAAUUCCGUGAAUUCCCUUCACCUCCACAUCCUGGAUAUGGCAGAGUUGGGCCCCACCUUUUGGCACUACGAGUACAAAAACUGCCCACUGGAUGUUGUUCUGAAGGUGCUGAAGGAGGAAGCAUCCAGCCAUUCCACCGGUGCCGAGAGCUACGGUUUGAUGGCAGAGGUCACCGCUGCUGCAACAGAGGCUGCAAAAGCCGCAGCUGCAGCAGCUGAAGCCGCUUUGUCUGCCAGCCGCCCAAGCGUCAGAUGCUCUGAUGGCCUUGAGAUUCUUACUCUGAAUGUGGGGGGCGAACUCUUCACCGUGAGCCGCCAGAUCAUGCUUCAGGCUCCUCCUGACAGUUUGUUGCACCAAAUGUUCGUAGAAGACACUGUCCGCCUCUCCAACCUGGACGCAAACCAACGCCCAUUUCUCAACUACCCAGCCACUGCAUUCAGGUACAUUGCUGAUCAUUUGAGGCUGUUGGCACAGCUGCCAAAGACGAAUGUGCUGCAACCAUUGACAGUCCCCCCUAGCCAUGAAAAGCAAGUGCGGGAACUUGCUUGGAUCUUGGGGGUGGAGGACAUGGUACUUUGCACUCCUCAGUAUGGCAGAAACGGAAAGGCAGCUGCAUUGCGGCCUCAGUUGGGCCGUUCCUUUUGUUGCAUGCGGAGACGUGCUCAGCACGGCGAAAUAUCCUCUCAGCUUUCCAACUCAUCGCAGGUUUGAUGCCCGGUUUCACCUGGUCGCUUGAGUCCACUAAGUGGAUCAGGCCAUUGUUUUUGGAAAGGGGUGCCGUUCUGUAUUCUGUUGUCGUACCUUAGGACGACAGAACCUCCACAAGGACCGCAGCUCUGCUGCUGGAUCAAAGGUGCAGUUAAAGACUGUGCAUUUUGGCUGGAGAUCGG